AGUAGGUGGAUAUGCUCACUUAAUGUGCGGUAAACCAGCCCCGGUUUUAAGUUUCAGCUAGUGCUUGCUGCAAGCUAGCCGAGUAGCAUGUUAUGGCUAGCUUUUUAAGGUUUUUCACGUUCAAGUCCCUUUGAUUUAGCUGUUGUCUUAUCUGAUUAAGCUAGUUAGGUAGCUAAGAUAACAAGCUAACCGUAGCUACAUAUCCAUCCUCGGCUGAAGCCUAGAUUGAAACUAAGGUUGUUCGAGACAAAGGAUACGGAAUACCUGGUUUUUGUAUUAUUCUGGAACGGUAUUCUUCACUACAUUUACCAGCAUGCACAGCGGCAGAUGUGACAGCCACCGAGGCAGAGAUUCCACAAGCCUUCAAUGUGUUUGUUCUGGAUGUUUUUGAAGGCAUGUCUCCUCCACCGCGAGAGAAACCACUGACUUUGGAUUGUCCCCCGUUUUCUAUUUUUCGGAUCAAAUAUUAACAAUGUGUCGACGCAGCCGCUUGGAUUUGUUUGGAUACAUUUAACACGUUGAAGUGAGUCGGACGGGAAAAUCGUCAAAAAAGGAGACACCAGUAAAACAUAAAGGAUCCUUUUCCCCUAAAGAAAUAUCAUGGCAUCUGUGUGGAAAAGAUUACAACGUGUGGGGAAACACGCGUCCAAGUUUCAGUUCGUUGCUUCCUAUCAGGAGUUGAUGGUGGAAUCCACGAAGAAAUGGCAACCAGACAAGCUGGUAGUGGUGUGGACUCGCAGGAGCCGACGGAAAUCCUCCAAGGCUCACAGUUGGCAGCCAGGCAUCAAGAACCCCUACCGAGGAGUGGUGGUGUGGCCUGUACCGGAAAACGUAGAAAUAUCUGUCACACUCUU